AUGGCCAAGCGGGCAGAGGAGUGGCAGCAAAGUGAGUACCAGAGCGAGAAAGGGAUCAUCGUUCGCCUUCUAGACUUCCUGGAAAAGAACCCACAAGAAGAUCAUGGAAAGAUCAAGCUUAAGAACAAGCUUAUCGAUUCUUGCAAGACACUUUCUUUUGCUCGGCAGAUUCGAGCUCGUCUUGACUGUGCCGGCACUGUGUUUAUCUCCAACAAGCUCAUUGAGAUGUUUGGCAGGUGUGGUGGAGUGCAAGAUGCCGAGAGUGUCUUCUAUGCGAUGGACAAGAGGGAUCCCUUCUCGUGGGAUGCAAUGCUCCUGGCGUAUACGAAAAACUCUUGCCUGACCCAAGCAAGGGUUUUCUUUUUUGAUCUAAUGCCGGAACAGAGCCUCAUUGCCUGGACUGCAAUACUCGUGGCACAUGCCCAAAAAGGGCAUCUUGUUGAAGCAAAACGGCUGUUUGAAAGUAUGCCUUUUAAAGACAUAGUAGCAUGGAACGCCAUGAUAAGUGGGCUUGCUCAACACGGACACUUAAGCAGCGCUGAGAUACUCUUUGACCAAAUGCCGCAAGUUAAUCUUGUCACAUGGAAUGCCAUGCUUACGGCAUAUGCCGAAAACGGGCAUCUUGAAAACGCAUACCACCUGUUUAAUCAGAUGCCGGAAAAAAAUUUGGUUACUUGGAAUGCUUUGCUUUCGGCUUUGGCACAAGCUCGACACAUUACUGGCCUGCAAAUUGUGUUCAAUCAAAUGCCACUGUGGAAUCUAGUUUCUUGGACUUCGGUGCUGACCGCAUAUUCAAUUGACCGGCAUUUUGAAAAGGCUGAGCUGACUUUUAAUGCCAUGCCCGUAUGGGAUUUGGUUGCCUUCAAUGCCCGGCUGACAGCCUCUUCUCAAAACGACUCUUAUGAGAAAACAAAGAGAAUGUUUGAGAAGAUGCCAGAGCGUAACUUUGUCUCUUGGAAUGCAAUGCUUUCAACUGCUAUUGCAAGCCGCGAUCUUGAUUCCGUAAAUACAUUGUAUAAUAACAUGCCUCAGCAUAGCUUUUAUACUUGGAAUAUUGUUUUGGCUGCAUACACACACUAUGGCCUUAUGGAAAAAGCAAAGGAUAUGUUUGAGACGAUGCCGGAGGAGGAUCUUAUUUCUUGUAACACUAUGCUUUCUGGAUAUGCCCAAAACCGGAAUCUAGAGCUUGCCAAAUUCAUGUUUGAUAGAAUGCCACAAAGGGACCUAUUUUCCUGGACUGCUCUUCUCUCUGGUUUCUCACAAAAUGGCUUUAUUCAGGAGGCUACUAGUGUGUUCUACCAAAUGCCAAAGAAGGACUUUGUUGCAUGGAGCGCCUUUCUUUCAGCACAUGCCCAAAACGGGCACCUUUUAUACUGUAAGUUGCUAUUUGAGAGAGCCCCAGAGCAAGAUUUAGUGUGGAGUGCAAUGCUGUCUGCAUAUGCCCAUAAUGGUCACUCUAAAGAGGCCAUUGAUCUUUUUGAUGCCAUGAAACUCAUGUCUAUACCCAAUGACAUAUGUUUUUUAUCUGCUCUUCUCGCUUGUAGCCAUGUUGGAAAAACCCACACAGGUCACCACUGGUUUUUGUCGAUGCAAGCUGACUUUAACGUCAAACCCAACCAGCGGCACUUUUGUUGUAUGGUUGAUCUUUUGGGACGUGCUAGCUAUUUGGUUGAUGCAGAGGAUUUAAUUACUAAUAUGCCCUUUGAGCCGGAUAUUUUAGAGUGGACGUGUUUUCUUGGAGCUUGCAAGAGUCACAGCCAUGUUCCAUUUGGAACUAAUGCAGCAAAGAAUGUGUUCGACCUUUGUCCUAGGGGUGAAGCUCCUCAAGCUUAUCCUUUGCUUGCAAAUUUAAUUGGUCAAAAUCUGGAUUUUUAG